UGAAUGACAUCACUUAAAAAUGACACUAAUAUUAUUGAGUGGGCGGAGCCAAGACUUUCUUCUUAAACAUCGUCAAAGAGGAAAUGAACAUUUACUUACAGAAAGAGAUCAGCAAAGACAGAAUGACUCUAUGUCUGGAAUUAUUCAUUAUUUUCAUGCUUCAGUCUGGAGGAAUCAGUGGAAGAGAAGAAUAUCUCUAUAAGAGAGUUGGAGAGGACGUCCUUUUAGAUUGUGGUGCUGGUAGAUCUUCUAACCAAUGCUCUGAUGUUCAAUGGCUGCAUAACAGACCUAAAAGCUCUGAAACAAAAACACUAAUCAAUGGAAAAGAUGUUGAAAAGAGUCUGAUUCGACCUUCCAGUCUGAGUCUGGGCAGUAACUGUUCUCUGAUCAUCGGAAACAUUGCCAACAAGGAUGCUGGUCGAUACACCUGUAGGAUUUUAGACUGGGACAAUAAUGUGUAUCUUAAUAUUUUAAGCAUUUCUUCAUCUCUGUCAGACGUUAAAGCAAGAGUGGACCUAACAUGCUCUAUGAAGAGUUUUAAUGAUGAUUUCUGUGAACAGAACAGCUUCAUCUGGAUGGAUGAGACCAGAACUGAACUGUCUGGUAAAAACUCUGAGUUUGAGGUUAAAAAACAAACAAACUGUGAUUCUGUUCUGACUGUCAAACAUCAGAGUGGAAACAAAAGAUUCACCUGCCAGUUUGUGAAGGACAACAAAGUGAAGAUUGAAGCUGUCACAGGAAUCAGUGGACAAACUGAACGUCUCUAUCACAGAGUUGGAGAUGACGUCAUUUUAUCUUGUAGAGAUGAAUCCUCCUCUUCCUCAUGCUCUGAUGUUAACUGGCUGUAUACGAAAGAUCCAAGUUCAGAACUUAGAACAGAAGUACAGAAUGGAAAAGUUGUCCAGAGUUCAGUUGGAGCUUCCAGACUGAGUGUGAGCAGUAACUGCUCUCUGUUCAUCAGAAACAUCACUGAUGAAGAUGUUGGUGGAUACAUCUGUCAGCUCAAGAACAAGAAUGAUGCUCAUCUGGUUCUUAAUACUUUGAGCAUUUCUUCAGAUCUACCAGAAGUUCAUCCAAGAGAAAAUGGAAGUGUCACAUUACUGUGUUCACUGAAUAGAUACGAUAAAAGAAUUCCCUGUAAAGAGAACAGCAUCAUCUGGAGGGAUGAGAGAGGAUCUCAUCUGAUUGGUGAAGGUGUUUGGUUUGAGUUCAGAGGACAAACAAACUGUGUUUCUGUUCUGGUUGAGAAACAUCAGAGUGGAAACAAUAAAAGAUUAACCUGCCAGUUUGUUGAGGACAACACGGUGAAGAUCGAUGCUGUCUACACCUACCUUCCAGACCGUUCAGAUCCUACUCAGAGUAACCCUGUCAUCAACCCUGUCAUCAACCCUGUCGUCAUCAUUGGAGCUGUGGUCGGUGUGGUGUUGGUGCUGCUGGUCAUCUUCGCUGUUCUUCUCUUCAGAACCAAGAGAGCCAAAACCACCAAAGAUCAUAAUGGAGGAAAAGACUUUCAAAUGCCAGCAUAUCAAAAUAAUGAGCCAGACAGUGGGCCGGAGAGUGAACUGACAUAUGCCGCGGUCAACCAUUCCAGAUCAAAGGCUACCUCCAAGAUUACAAUAAAGGAGGAAGAAGGUGAGGUGACCUAUUCCACUGUUAAAAGGAAUUGAGGGAUGCCCGAGGUCUGCAUCCUUUCAGCAGGGAUUUCUGUCCAGCUGGUGAUGAGGAUAUGGACAGCCUUUCUGUGUACAGUUUAUUCUACUGCUUUUCAAACAAGAUACAGAUAAAAAAAAACUUCUUUAAUUAACAGUAUUUUUUAAAACUUGUUCUAGCUGCUUCUUGUUCCUCCUCAUGUUUUUUAUAUCAGUUUUCUAAUAUCAAACCAUUCACAAAUUCAAUGAGUUCCUAAAAACAAUAAAUGGAGAAUUGAAUGUUUCCGAUAAAAGCUUAACAAGGUAACAUUAUAUAAUAUAACAUCUUAGAAUACCAACAUCUUCAUCUAGUCGCGUCUUUAACUCUUGCUUAGUGAACGUGGAAAUCAACCACCAAAGGAGUAUAUUAAUGUACAUAUAUUAAUAAAUAAAAAACAGUAAUGAUAAAUGGAAGUCUGUAACAUAAAACGUGAAUAUUUUUUUUAUUUUAUUUUAUUUUUAUUUAAAGGCCAAAUAUGUUUUUAUGUAAAUUCAGUUUUUUUCUUUUGUUUGUUUCUAAUGCAACAAUUUAAAAAUAGUAAUUUACAAAAAAAAAACUCAUGAAUCUGCCCCUUCCAUAUUUUUUUAAUAUGUUAAACUAAGUAAUUUCUCCACAAAUAUACAUAUAAAUAUAUUCUAAAAAGCAUUUGCAAACAAACCUUUCAAAAGAGAAAAAUAUCUCCCUGAUUUAUUGCACAAUUAUGUUAUAAUUACACAUAAAAAAGAAGGACAGAAAACAUGACUCAACCACCAUGAGAAGGUUAAAAAAGAGAGACAGACAACCCACUCUGCUGGAUGCUGUACUGCCUCCAUGUGGUCUGAUAGGAAAACCACAAGUUCAAACAGUCUGUCACUGUGAGCAGACCGUCCUUCAGAGAGCAAAUUAAGAUUAUGGAAGCAAAUAAUUGUAUUAAUAUACAUAUAUAUUGUAUAUAUGUUUUUUGUAAAUGCAAAUCUAUCUGCAAAG